AUGGAAUUGACCAAUGACGAGCUCCCUGCCAACGGCUUGGGGUCAAGACACGGUCUCGGAGGAUUUGGGGCAGUCUCCAGCUUGAUCGACGCUAUUGGGCAGCCCGGCAGGGAUAGUUUCAGCCGGGGCAACGGCAAGACAGGGGUAAACAGCGAUCAUGAUGUUGUUGACACUGGUUUCUGCUCCCUCCAGAGUAUGGGUGGUUCUGCAGAAACUAAGUGGUUUUCAGUUUUCCGUGGCUUCCCCGAUUGUCAGACUUCUAGUUCGAACUAUCUGUGCGCAAACAGAAUAUUGAAGUACGAUUACACGGCCGUUCUGCAAGAGCGCGUUGUGCAUUUCACCGUCGCGUACUUGAAGCUUGGUAUUCCGCCCUCCCAGCCCCGGCGAGCCGCGAUGGAGAGAGACGGUUUCGCGCGGAACCAUGAACCGAGCAGCAAAGCCAGUGAUGCGCUCAUGUCGCAUACACGAGAAACAGCAGCUAUGAAGAGGGAUCCUGGUGCGGCCGCCCACGAUACGGGCUGGUUCUCUCGACUCCAGCAGCGCUUCCCCAUACUCCAGAAGAAGCGAGGCAAAGCCCUGUUGAUAUUCAUCCUCUUACUUCCGCUGCUUGGUCUAUUGGGCCUACUGGCUCUACGAAACAGAGGAAGUGAAGUGUCCAACGGCGGUGAUGGAGACAGCGGAAGCACCGCAGGAGCUAUCGCCGACGAUACCUAUUUCUAUGGCCAGUCUGAGGCCGUAUAUCCUUCACCUACCAUGUCUGGCACCGGUACAUGGACCGAGUCUUACAACAAAGCCUCGGCGUUGGUGCAGAAUAUGACCAUCGAAGAAAAGGUCAGUCUGACCACUGGUGCGGGUGCCAACACUGGCUGUGCUGGCAACAUUCCCGCCGUACCACGGCUCAACUUCACGGGAAUGUGCCUUAUGGAUGCCGGGCAAGGCCUUCGCGCGACAGACUUUGUCAGUGGCUGGCCUAGUGGGAUCCAUGUAGGCGCAAGCUGGAACAAGAAUCUAACCCGGCAAAGAGGCAUCGGCAUGGGAGGUGAGUUCAGGACCAAGGGCGUCAACGUUGCGCUUGGCCCCGUAGUAGGGCCGGUGGGUAGGGUCGUGAGGGGCGGCAGGAACUGGGAGGGCUUCGCCGCCGACCCCUAUUUGACUGGGGCUUUGGCUUCUGAGACAAUACUGGGCAUCCAGUCCGUCGGAGUCAUCACGAGCACGAAGCAUUUUAUCGGCAACGAACAGGAGACCAACCGCGUGCCUGCCAAUGGCAUUGAGGCAGUUUCCAGCAAUAUCGACGACAAGACCAUGCACGAGGUGUACCUAUGGCCAUUCCAGGACGCUGUGAAAGCCGGCAGUGGCAACAUCAUGUGCAGCUAUAACCGUGUGAACAACUCUUAUGGCUGUGCCAACAGCAAAACUCAGAACGGUCUUCUGAAAACGGAACUUGGUUUCCAGGGGUUCGUCGUAUCUGACUGGGGCGCGCUUCACGCAGGUGUUGCUUCAGCCAAUGCAGGAAUGGACAUGGUGCAGCCCAACGCUGCAGAGUUAUGGGGCGAUAACCUGAUCACAGCUGUGAAGAAUGGUUCCGUCUCAGAGUCAAGGUUGGACGACAUGGUUACAAGAAUUGUAGCGACUUGGUAUCAGAUGGGACAAGACCGAGGCUUUCCCGAUCCUGGUGUAGGAAUGCCGCAGGAUCUUACGAAACCACACGCCAUCGUGGACGCCAGGAACGAGUCGUCCAAGCAGAUUCUCUUUGAUGGUGCUGUCGAAGGCCAUGUCCUCGUCAAAAAUAUCCGCUCGGCACUUCCGUUGCAGAAACCCAAGAUCAUGUCAUUGUUUGGCUAUUCCGCGAGGAACCCCGAUCAGUGGAACUACAAUGCCACUGGUGGAACAUCAGCCUGGAUGUUCGGUGGUGAAUCAGCGUUUCUCGGUCGCUAUAUCACCGGUGCCUUCGAUCUCGACUCAUUGGAAGACAUACCGCAGAUUGCCCCAGACGGCACGAUCAUCUGUGGUGGUGGUAGUGGUGCCGUGACGCCAGCUUUCAUCAGCUCGCCUUUCGAUGCCAUCUCUUCUCGGGCAUACGAAGAUUCGACAGCCUUGUUCUGGGAUUUCUUCAGUCCGGAGCCCUACGUCAAUGCAGCGUCCGAAGCCUGUAUAGUCCUGGUCAACGCGUUUGCGUCGGAAGGCUACGAUCGACCGGGCACCCACGAUGACUUUACAGACGGGCUUAUCAAGCAUGUUGCCGAUCGCUGCAAUAACACAAUCGUUGUCUUCCACAAUGCCGGUGUUCGCCUGGUCGAUCAGUUUGUUGAUCAUCCCAAUGUCACGGCCGUCAUCUUCGCUCAUCUUCCUGGGCAAGACUCUGGCCGAGCUCUGGCGGCACUUCUCUACGGAGACUCGAAUCCUUCUGGGAAGCUGCCUUACACAGUAGCUCAUAAUGAGUCUGACUAUGAAGCCCUCCUGAAGCCCUCGCCGGCAGAAGGGAUAUUCGUGAAGUUUCCACAGUCCAACUUCACAGAGGGCGCAUACAUUGACUACCGGCACUUCGACGCCAAGAAUAUUACGCCUCGGUACGAGUUCGGGUUUGGCUUGUCCUACACCACCUUCAACUACUCAAGCCUCGAGAUCACCAAACGGGAAGGGGCGGGCACGUCGAGCUACCCCGUCGGAGACAUUGUCGAGGGCGGCCAGUCUGACCUAUGGGAUGUGCUCGCCACCGUGACCGCGAGAGUCCAGAACGUCGGUGAAGUCGAUGGCGCAGAAGUUGCUCAACUAUACGUCGGUAUCCCGGGAGCGCCGGUCAGACAGCUCCGUGGCUUCGACAAGCCAUUCAUCAACGCCACGCAGUCGACCACGGUCACAUUUGACCUCAACAGACGUGAUCUGAGUGUCUGGGAUGUCGUUGCACAGAAAUGGCUCUUGCAGAACGGGACGUACGAUAUCAACGUCGGUGGAAGCAGCCGGAACCUGCCGUUGCAGGGCACCUUGACCUUUUAA